CAUCAUCGCAUCUUACGGUUUGCUAUUCCGCUGGUAACCGCGGUCUGCCUUGGUUCGGGGGGCUUUGGAAUUUAUAGUCCCGCCUGGUGCCCAGUAUCUUGUUAGGUCAUUGACUUGACGGAAGGAAGUGUCAAGUGUCUUUUCGCAUCUUACAGCAUCAGUGUCAGUGUCAAGUGUCAGCAAAAUGGGCGAACCCGUUGAGAAUACCUCCCAGAAGAGUAUCCUUCCGGAUACCAAGGCCGUCGAGGAAGGCCCUCGCCGUACCGAUGGCGUGUCGGGUCUCUAUGAGGGCAAUGUCUUCGAAGCCACCCCCGACGACCGCCGUCAGAUCGGUGUCGUCAGUGCGUCUUUCCUGAUCUUCAACCGUGUCAUCGGAACCGGUAUCUUCGCCACCCCCAGUACCAUCCUGUCCCUGUCUGGCAGUGUUGGUCUGUCCCUGAUCAUGUGGGUGGUUGGCACGUUGAUCGCCAUGGCUGGUACUGCCGUCUACCUGGAAUGGGGUACGGCGAUUCCCAAGAACGGUGGUGAGAAGAACUACCUCGAAUACGUCUACAAGAAGCCCCGGUUCCUGGUGACGGCCAUGUACGCCGCCUAUGCCGUGCUCCUGGGAUGGGCAGCCAGCAACAGUGUGGUCUUCGGCGAAUAUAUCCUCAACGCGGCCGACAUCGAGGUGGGCCGCUGGAACCAGCGUGGCAUCGGGCUGGCCUGCAUCACGGCCGCCUUCCUGAUCCACUCCUUCGCCGUCAAGUGGGGUCUCAUGCUGCAGAACUUCCUGGGCGUCGUCAAGCUGGCCAUCAUCGUCUUCGUCGUCGUCUGCGGCUGGGUGGCUCUGGGGGGCCACAUGAAGAUCGAGCCGCCGCACAACUUCACCAACGCGUUCGAGGGCACGACCGACACGGGCUACGGCAUCGUCAUGGCCCUGUACAACGUCAUCUGGUCGUUCAUCGGCUACUCCAAUGCCAACUACGCCCUGAGCGAGACCAAGAACCCCACCCGCACCCUCAAGAUCGCCGCCCCCAUCGCCAUCUGCUCCGUGGGCAUCCUGUACAUGCUGUGCAACAUCGCCUACUUUGCCGCCGUCCCCAAGGAGCAGAUGCUGUCCUCCGGCCAGACCGUCGCCGCCGCCUUCUUCGGCAACAUGUUCGGCGCGCGCGCCGAGAAGGUCAUGUCGGUCUUCGUGGCCCUGUCGGCCUUUGGCAACGUCCUGUCGGUGAUCUUCUCCCAGGGCCGAAUCGUGCAAGCCCUGGGCCGUGAAGGCGUCCUGCCGUACUCGAAGAUCUGGGCCAGCAACCGGCCGUUCAACUCGCCCGCCGCGGGCCUCUUCGAGCACUGGGUCGUCUCGGUCAUCAUCAUGCUGGCGCCUCCCCCCGGCGAUGCCUACAACUUCCUGGUCAACCUGAUCACCUACCCGCUGUCCAUCGUCAACGUCUUCGUGUCCGCCGGGCUCAUCUACAUCUACGUCACCAAGGCCCGCGACUUCCCCGACUGGGCCCCCGGCAUCCGCGCCACCCUCCCCGUCACCAUCUUCUUCUGCCUGUCCAACAUCUACCUGGUCGUGGCCCCCUACGUGCCCCCCAGCGCCGGCCAGAGCGUCUACAACAACCUGCCCUACUACCUGCACUGCGUCGUGGCGCUGGGCAUCUUCGCCCUGGGCGCCCUGUAUUACCUGGUGUGGGCGGUGCUGAUGCCGCGCUGGGGCCGCUACAUCCUGGUCAAGGAAACCGUGGUCGACGCUGAUGGCUGGUCCAGAAGCGUCUUCACCCGGAUGCCCCUGGAGAAUGCGGAUCAGUAUCGGUCCUGAGCCAGAGAACAAGACAGGCUUGUCUGCUUUGUUUUUGUUUUUGGUUUUUUUUUUUCUCUUUCUCUGGUCUGAUCUGAUCUGAUCUUCGGAUCUUCGGAUCUGACCUCAUUACAUUUCACUCCUUUUUUUCUGGUCUGUUUACCAGCACCGUCACGACGACACGAUUCAACAUCACUGCCCCUAUUGUGGCAUAAUUAUAAUGUUUACCUUUACAUUAUCAUUUUUCACGGCG